GUUCAUUGUCUGGCAAGCUAGGAUUUUUGGCUGCAUCCUGAUUUCAAGACAUUGAUUGCAGAGAGGUUGAUAUUUGUACUAUUUUCCAACCAGAUCAAAGUUUAGAACCUUCAGUCUGCAAAUCGUACUCUCAGCAAUAAUGGAACCCAUAACAACUGAUGAGGUCUUGGAGAAGAUUGGCAGCUUUGGUCGAUACCAAUUCCUUCUGCUGAUGGUCAUGGGUACCAUGACUAUAUUUGGAGAUGGUUGGCAAGGCGUGAUAUCGUCCUUUUUGGCUGCGGAGCCUCCAUGGCGCUGCGUGAAAAACAGCUCGUCUUGUAACGUCACUGGUACUUUCUCACCUGGGAAAGAUGGCUAUGAUAAACGAUGCAGCCUUYCUCGUGACCAAUGGGAGUUUGAUACGAGUGAAUUUACUUCGAUUGUAUCAGAGUGGGAUCUGGUUUGUGAUCGUACAAGUUUGUCCAGUAUGUCCAAAAGUAUUGUGUUUGCUGGCUUCAUGAUUGGUGUGUUAUUUGGUGGCGUGUUGUCUGACAAGUUUGGACGUAAACCAAUCGUGUACUUCCCUUCCGUGCUCUGCAGCUUAUUCGCCUUGAUAGCCUCCUUCGCAGAGGUGUUCUGGCUGUUUAUUGUACUUAGAGCACUUGUUGGUGUUUGCCUUGGCAGUUCAUCCAUUGCUAUAUUCGUUUUGAUGGUGGAAUACGUAGGCGUCAGACAUCGGGCAAUGGCUGGCACCAGUCUGUGGUAUUUCUUUACAAUAGCACUUAUGCUAUUAGUUCUGUUGGCAUACUUCAUACGAAACUGGAGAUACCUCUCAAUCGCAGCCUCAGCGCCUGCUUUAUUACAAGUGUUUCUUUGGUGGUUCAUUCCUGAGUCAUCAAGAUGGCUAAUAACGAAUGGUAAACAUGAAAUAAGCAAAGAAAUUUUUGCUAAAAUUGCACGUACAAACCGCAAAGAAUUACCGCCAAACCCCAUUUCACUAGUGGAGGAAAAACAGCGUGUUGGAGAUGUGCGAGAUUUGUUUCGUUCCUGGAAGAUGACUCGUCUCACCCUCAUCAGCUGGUUUAAUUGGUUAGCUGUAUCGGUGGUGUACUGGGGUGCAUUAUUCAGCUUUGACGCUUUUGGUGGAAACAUUUAUCUCGCGUUCUUUUUAAUUGCCAUCGUCGAGAUCCCUUCAAUCUACCUUACCAUUAAAGCAAUGAAUAGGUUUGGAAGAAGGAAGAGCGCAUUGGGUAGUUUGAUCAUGGCAUCCAUAGCGUCCACCGUUGCGGUACUACUCAUGACAAGAGUCUCAGACGAAGGGUUUCGUAUCGGUACCGUCAUCAUGUCGAUGGUAGCCAAGUUUUUUAUUACAUUUGCUUUUGACACCAUAUACGUCUAUACGUGCGAACUCUUCCCUACAGUCGUCAGGAAUGUCGCUAUGGGAACGUCAUCUGGUUCUGCAAGAAUUGGUUCAAUUGCUGCUCCAUUUGUAGUUGAACUCAUCCGUGUCCAUAUCAUAAUCCCAUGGACAAUCUUUGCCAUUGUUGCUGCCAUCGCGUGUGUAUUGGUUUUCACUCUCCCAGAAACCAAUAACGCGCCAACAAAAGAAACGUUUGUCGAUGAAGAGAAUCAGCUGAAGCGCAAAGUUAAUGGGAUUGAUAACCCUGGUAUUGUGGAUAAUACGAAACUUUGAUGGAUAUAAUGCACAUCCAUUCACGACUUUCAAAAUGGCGCGAUAUGUCACGGUUACCGACCAUGGCACUGGGGACGAAGCACUAAGAUGUCUCAAAGUUCAGCCUCCGUAUGAUGAAAAAUAUUUUUCAACAUUUUGAACACUACCUACAUACGAUUUCCGUAGUGAUUUCUAGAUGGAAGGCCUUUGAGGUCUCUUUCCAAUGAUUUGUAACUAGUCCCCCGAUAUUGGCGGUCGUGACAACCACAGCCAUUUUUAAAAGUCGUGCACUUGUAUGGACCGACGAAUGCCAAUUUUGUGUGCAUGAUUCAUAUAUUAAUUUUGAUUUCACAUUACACUUAUGUAGAGGAACGCUCUUGACUUUCUCCAUGUGUCUUUCCUUUGUUAUUGGCUAUUUCGUCUGCCUGUGAAGUAGCAUAAAUUGGCACAAUAAAAUGCUAAAUCUUAUUGACCUUAAUAUCAGGCAUAUGAACAGGCAUAUUAGUUUUGUAUAGUAAUUACUACAGUUUUUAUGCAUAUGGGUUUCUGGUGGCUCUAAUUUUUAAAACUAGUUUUAUAUUUUAAUUGCUGCCGUAAAAUAAAACACAACACAGAUUAGUCCUUAUAAAAUCACUAACUCUAAUUACUCCCAUAUGAGAGACAUUGUAACAGGACAACGAAGAGCGAAUCCAGACUUUUUUAUUACUCUUUUAUAGUCAAAAACGCAGCAGGCAUACUUGUUCAUGAGAUUCAGCUGCAAGCUAAUUUACACAGGUCACUUUUUUGUGCACCCACGUACAGAUUCAAUGCUUAAAUAGUGUGUUGAGCUAAAAUGAAUAAAAGUGUUUCACCAAUAAAAAGCAAUAUGUUAUUGAAA